AUGUUCACACUGGGUAGCUCCUUUUAGAAAGAACACCCUUUUAGUUGUUGAAAUGCAUGAUGGGAAAAUCAAGCAUUCUCUGUCUCUCUCUCUUUCUACCAGGAGACAGUCAUUGUGAUGCAGCAACGUGUCAAAAUGGAGGAACGUGUUACGACGAAGGAGACUACUUUAAGUGUGCGUGCACCAGUGGAUGGAAGGGCGCCACCUGUAACAUCGCUGUGAACGGCAGCUGUGAAUCCAGUCCCUGUCAAAACGGGGGCACCUGUGUGUUAGACGGAAAUACCUACGGCUGCAUCUGCAAGGACGGAUGGGAGGGCGCCACCUGCAGCAUCAAUAUCAACAACUGCAGAGCUCAGCCCUGGUGAGUUCAAUAAACAUUUGGAAAACUAACGAGCACUUACAUCUAUUAAAAAUGUACAAAUACACACUAUACAAA